GCGUAGUUUUUUAGUUUUUUUUUUUUAAUGGCGGGAGUGUCGUUUCUAGUGCUAGUGACCUUAAUAUUAGGUCACGUGAGUGCUUAUAAGAUUCUGGUGGUGUUUCCUGUGCCAGCCACGAGCCACAACAUCCUGGCUAGAGGGGUCGUGAGGAGUCUUCUGCACGCAGGUCAUGAGGUUACACAUGUAACGCCGUUUCCAGACACAAAUGUUCAUCCCAAUCUGCAUCAAGUUGACAUUAGCGCCAGUGCGGAGAAUAGUCACAUAAAAGAUCAAAUGAACGUUACACGUAUUCUGAACGGGGAAGUAAAGACAGAUUUUAAAAUGCUGAAGAAGUUCGUAGAUCUGAUGAACAAGAAGAUACUGAGCGAUGCAAAUUUAGUAAAAUUGUUGAACGACACGGGCCAAACAUUUGAUGUCGUCAUUGCUGAGUGGAUGUUGACAGACACAAAUGCUGGAUUAGGCUACGUGUUCAACUGUCCCUUUAUCUGGUUUUCCACAAUCGAACCCCACUCAGUUAUACUCAGUCUCAUAGACGAACAUACAAAUUCAGCUUACAUACCAGAUUACAGAUCCAGCAAUAUCCCACCUUAUGAUUUCGUAAACAGAGUGAAGGAACUCAUUUCCCAAGCCAUGAUGAUAGCUUUCAGAUAUUUCUAUCUUGACAGUUACCAAAACGAAAGGUAUAAAGAACUGCUAAGCCCUUACAGCAUUAAAAGAGGCAGGCCUGAGAUAUCUUUUAGUGAAAUUAAAUACAAUGCAUCACUUAUCCUGGGAAAUUCACAUGUUUCGUUGGGACUAGCAAUCAGGCUCCCGCAAGCUUAUAAAACCAUUGGAGGUUAUCAUAUUGAAACUGAGGUCAAACCAUUACCUGAUGAGUUGAAGAAUAUUCUAGACAACACGAAGAAUGGUUUAAUCUACUUCAGCAUGGGGUCGAAUUUGAAGAGUAAGGAUUUCCCAGAGCUGCUGAAGAAAGGCUUGCUGGAAAUAUUUGGUGGUUUAAAACAAACCGUCUUAUGGAAGUUUGAAGAGGUACUGCCGAACCUCCCACCAAACGUGCACAUUGUGAACUGGGCGCCACAACAGAGCAUUUUAGCUCAUCCUAACUGCAUCCUUUUCAUCACUCACGGCGGACUCUUAUCCACGACUGAGGCUGUCCACUUCGGCAAACCAAUCAUCGGUAUCCCCGUGUUUGCGGACCAGUUCAACAAUAUCGACAAAGCUGUGAAGAAGGGCUUUGCGAUUAGAGUAGAUCUGGCCUAUGAUAUGAAGGACAAGCUGAAAGUGGCUAUUGAUAAAUUUCUUCGAAAUGGAAGGUAUACGAAAAAGGCGAAAGAGCUGUCGCUCAUCUACCACGACAGACCAGUGCACCCCAGCAAGGAGCUGGUGCACUGGGUAGAGCACGUGGUGAAGACACGAGGCGCGCCACACCUCCGCUCACCAGCUCUGGACGUGCCGGUCUACCAGAAACUUUAUCUGGAUCUCUUUGUUGUGAUCUUGGUAGUAUUGUACGCGCUGAAGACGAUCGUGGUGAAAAUUUUCUGUUCAAAGAAAAUUGUGAGCAAGAAACUGAAGAGAAAUUAGAGGAAGUACG